AUGGCUAGCUACGACUACAUCAUUGUCGGCGGUGGACUUGCAGGCUUAGUCCUGGCCGCACGCUUAACUGAAGACUCCUCGAAGCGGGUCCUUGUCCUGGAGGCCGGCGAGGAUCUUACUGCAGAUGCCCGUACGUCGGUUCCGGCUAUGUGGCCGACGCUGUUGAAUACGGACGCAGACUGGAAAUUCAGGACAGCUGCUCAGGCUGGCUUCAACAACCGUGAAAUCUCCUUCCCCCAGGGCAAGCUCCUUGGUGGCUCGAGCGCCCUCAACGGCCUGUCCUUCACGCCCUCGUCCAAGGCCAAUGUGGACGCUUGGGCCAAGCUUGGGAACCCCGGCUGGGACUGGGCAAGCUUUUCCAAAUCGCUGGCCAAAUCCUACACUUUGACCUCCAAAGCAGGGACCACUGGCUCUGGCCCGCUUCAGCUCAGCUACCCCAAUGAUACCAACAACAGCUGGCCCAAGAUCUGGCAGCAGACGCUGGGAAGUCUGGGGUUCCGCCAGUCUGGAGAAUCCUACACCCAGCAGUCCAGUGGACCGGUCACCGUUGCGGACAGCAUCCAUCCUGCUACCAAGACGCGAAGCUACGCUGGAAACGCAUAUCUUGAGCCUGCUCGCAGCCGAGAGAACCUCACUGUCGUGACCGGGGCUGCAGUUAGCAAGAUUGUCUUUGCCAAAGAUGGCAGUGCAGUCACCGCUGAGGGCGUCCAAUAUGUCAAGGACGGUGAGACUCAAACCGCCACGGGCAAGGAGAUUAUCCUCACCGCCGGCACAAUCAACAGCCCCCGGAUUCUCGAGCACUCGGGUGUUGGUGAUUCGAAGCUCUUGGCGAAGCUAGGUGUCGACGUUGUCAUUGACAAUCCCAACGUCGGCGAGAAUCUACAAAACCAUCCGAUGGCCGGCCUGAGCUUCGAGGCCCUUGAGGACGCGGAGACAAUCGAUGGCCUUUCGCGCCAGGACCCAGCUGCUCUUCAAGCUGCCAUGGCCGCUUAUGCACAGCAAUUGGGACCGUUUGCAAGCAGUGGCACCAACAAUGCAGCCCAAUUGCCAUUCCCAGGCAUCCAGACUGCUGAGGGCAAGGCUGAGGUUGAGGCGCUUAUUGAGAAGUACAUCACUGGCGCAAAGAAUGUUACCAGCCCCUUUGACAAGGCUCAAGCUGAGUUUGUCCGCUCAAUUCUUACCUCUCCUGAGGAAGCUUCCGGUUACUACAUUUCCUUCUCGGGCUUUGCGUCGUUCAACCCUGAUGGAUCAAUGGCACCACCGCCUCCGGGAACCGAAAAAUAUUUCUCCGUGGCUCUGCUGCUUACGCAUCCCCUCUCUCGAGGAUCUGUCCACAUCAACUCUGCAUCAGAGACAUCGACAGACGUCACCAUCGAUCCUCAGUACUUCUCACACCCUCUCGAUAUCGAGAUUUUCGCUCGACAUCUUCGAUUCGUCGAAUCCCUUGCCAGUGCUGAGCCUUUGGCCAGCCACCUCAAAGUAGGCGGCAAACGCAACCCUGCUGCUCCACCAGCUGGUAUCUUUUCCGCGGCCUCUGGCCUCGAGAAAGCCAAAGAGUACUUGCGUCAGACGGCAGUGGGCGCACACCACUUCACCGGCACUUGCUCCAUGAUGCCCAAGGACUUGGGGGGUGUCGUGGAUGCUGAGCUCCGGGUUUAUGGAUGCCCUAACCUACGAGUGGCAGAUGCCAGCAUCAUCCCGCUGACUCCUCGGGCAAACCCCCAGGCGACUGUGUACGGUGUAGCCGAGCAUGCCGCAACCAUUAUCAAGGGUGGGCUCUAG